AUGCGGCUGCUCAUCCUUCUCAUCAACACCCUUCUUACAUUCGCCGACAAGUGCACCAUUCGACCGUACGAGGCCAAAGGACCAAAGCAGCAAGGAAGCAAUGGUUAUGCGAUAGAGAUCGACGCUGCCACCACUCGAAGCGACAAUGGCAGUACGGGUUUUGUCCCCGGGGAAAAGUACAAAAUAUCGAUCCGUGGUUGGAGGACAAAGUUUACAGUUCAAACAUUUCGAGGAUUUGUGCUAAGUGCACUUUUUGAAGAUGGCAGACCUGCCGGGAAGUUUGAGGUUGUUCGCGGUCGUGGUGACGCACGAACAUCUCCUGGAUGUCGAAAAGGAGGAGUAAGCCAUUCAAAUCUUCGACCGAAGACUUCUAUUCAUACCAUAUGGAAAGCACCGGAUGUUUCAAAAGGUUGUGUCAUACUCCGAGCUUCUGUGAUUGAAUCCAAAUACGUAUGGUAUUCCGAAGAAGAUGCUCUCACGAAGAAAUUCUGUGUACAAGAGGGUUACCAAAAAGUCGUGCCCGUCGACGACCCUAAUACAGAAUGCUGUGCCUGUGAUCAAGCUAAAUACGAAAUGGAGUUUAUAGGAAUAUGGAGCAAAGAGACGCAUCCGAAAGAUUAUCCAACGCUGGAGCAUCUCACUCAUUUCACGGAUAUGCUGGGUGCCUCGCAUUCCAAGAACUAUUCCCUUUGGAAAAUCGGAGAAGUUUCCACAGAUGGAAUGAAAGAAAUUGCUGAAUGGGGAAACACAUUCAAAGCUGAGGCAGAGGCAAAGGAAAAGGCAGCAGAAGUGCGUACACUGAUGAAAGUUAAAGGACUUUGGUACCCGGAAGUUCAGAGCAGGACAACAGCAAAUUUUGUUGUCAACAAGUACCAUCAUCUAGCCUCAUUAGCAACAAUGUUCGGACCUUCACCCGACUGGUGCGUAGGCAUCUCGUCCGUGAAUCUAUGCCUCCCCGAUUGUACCUGGGUAGGCGAAAGGACGUUUGAUCUAUUCCCGUGGGAUGCCGGAACCGACUCUGGGAUUACCUAUAUGUCUCCCAAUUCGCCGCAAGAACCCCGAGUUCCUAUCAAAUGGAUUACCACCAAAGACGAUCCGCUCUCUCCAUUCUACUCCACCGAAACUGAUAUAAUUCCGCCAAUAGCAAAGUUAAUUCUGAGGAGGACAGAGGUAAUCCCCAUGCGAUGUUUUUCCAACGACGAAUAUCAACGAGAAGCAUUCAACAUAACCAACACUAGCGAAGAUGAGGAAUACAAGGAUAGACGUGAAUGCUCAAUGACGCCAUGGGGAUCUUGGUCAUUAUGCUCGGCUACCUGCGGAAAGGGAAUUCGCAUGAGGAGUCGAGUUUUUCUAUUUCCAAUCAAGGCACAAAUGUUCAAUUGUCAUCGUCAAACCACUGAGCGACAGUUCUGUAAUGCUAAGAUCAACGAGUGCGAAGACUCAGAUGCAUUCAACUCGAAAUGCGCAGUGGGUUCAUGGGAACCGUGGAGCGACUGCUCUGUCACAUGCGGACAUGGAACAAGGACGAGGAAGAGGGCAUUUUUAAAUCCCAAACAACAAGAAUCCGAAUGCAACGUGGACUUGGUAAGAAAAGACAUCUGCGUUGGAGAGUCAGGCGACGAUUGCUCUGUGACGCCUGAUCCUCUGUGCAGGACCACAUCAUGGAGUGAAUGGUCUCCAUGUAGUGCUAGUUGUGAUGAUGGUGUACGUGUUCGAACACGUUUGUUCUUCUUUGCUGAACAUGAACAGCGCUGUUCUCAUAUUGCAUUGCAAGAGAAAGACACUUGUAUUCUGCAAUCUUGCCGUCGUUUCCUUGAACAAAAUUCAGAAGAAAUUUGCCAAGAAUCGAAAGAGGAAGGACAAUGCGGUGGAACAUUCCCACGAUAUUGGUUCAAUCAUGAGAAGCAAAAGUGUGAACGAUUUAUCUAUACUGGAUGCAAGGGAAACCGCAAUCAAUUCGAAACUGAAGAUGAAUGCAAACGAGUAUGUGUACCUGGAUAUGAGGUCGAAAAAUCAUCAGUACCAAAUCAUCAACUAAUCGACGAGUUCGGUGGGCCAGCAGAAGUGAACGAUGGAGGUGAUCCAGUGCCAUGUGAAAUGAAUGAAUGGUCACCGUGGACGCAUUGUUCAGUCACUUGUGGACGUGGAAAGAAGACUCGAACCAGGCAGAUCAAGACAUUCCCACGCAAUGGUGGAACACCAUGUCCCGAUCAUUUGAUUCAGGAGCUUCGAUGCGAGUUGCGACCAUGCCCCUCAACGCAAUGCCGAGUCGGCUCAUGGUCUCGAUGGUCGAGAUGUUCGGUAAGUUGUGGUGAAGGUAUCCAAUCGCGACGUCGUCGAAUCCACAGAGGUCGUAAUGGAGAUUGGGAAGAAGAACAAUGUACAGAAAAAGAAACCGAGGAACGAAUUUGUCGUAUUCCUUGUCCGCGUUUUCCUUGA